AUGCCCGCUCGAGUCCGAGACGGCGCCGCUGGAGACAGUAUUGCCAACUACUACAAGGCCAGCACCGGCUUCAACUGCGAUAUCUCGUUCGAGGACAGCAUUUCGUCGACGGGCCUCCAGGACGGCCAUGUAUCCAAAAACAGCGGCGGCGAGGGCCACGGCCAAGCCCGCCAUCCCAAAGAUAAUGGCCACAACAACGUCGGUUGGUAA